CAGAAACGCUAUCUUCUCGAAGAAUUUUGCCACCCAGCUCUCGUCGCAACGCCGCCUGUGACGCGUCAUGACAAACCCAAGGGACGGCCGACGGCACAUGCAUGCAUGCCGUCUCGUCUCUGACAACGAAGGCGCCAUUCAUAAAUAAUCCGUUAAGCAGGCGCCGUUCAGAUCAGAGGCGCUUCCAUCACUCGAGAAUGCGCGGCUCGCACCUGCUCCUGCUACUGGUGGCGCUCUCUUCAUUCCACGGCCACCUCGCCGCCCGCCAUGGCCGGAGGCACGCGCCUGCAGCCGUCGCCGUCGUAGGCUCCGUCCGCCCUGGCGGCGCGGCCACGGAUGCUGCUUCUUCAGGGGGGCCGGCCGCCGUCCGGUGCCACGACGGGACCGUCUGCAGCGAGAAGGGCUUGUUUUUCCCGCCGAUUCCGCUCGUGCCGGAGCCGCCGAACAUCGGGGGCGUGCCCAUCCCGCCGAACCCGAUCACGCCAGCGCCGCCGUCGCUCGUCCCGCCGGUGUUCCCCGCGCCGUCUCCGCCGUCCAUCCUGCCGCCGCUCGUCCCGCAGCCCCCGCCAGCUUCGCUGAUACCGCCGGUGCUGCCGUUGCCGUUCCUUCACCCGCCGCCUCCGCCGCCGCCGCCUCCGUCCAUCCUGCCGCCGGUGCCCCUCCUCCCGCCGUUGUUCCCUGGCGUGCCGCCAGCUUCCUCCUCGAAGAACGGCCGGCCGGUGAAACCAUGAGAAAGAUGCUGGUCUUCCUGCCCUAUGAGUUAUCUAUAUAUUGUGAAAUCUUGUACUAGAAAUACUCCACUUUAUGGCUGUGCACUGUGCAUGUGUCAUGGUUUUUGGUUUGUCUCCACCGAUUGUAUUAUUUCGAUUUUGGAGGUAAUAUCACCGUGAUCUAUAGAGCAUCUUCAUGAUGUUCAGUCUGAAGUUA